AGUAAGAGUUAAUGAAAACUUGUUUAACGGUGAUGCCGACGUUUACGAUAAUUUGGAGUCUUUAUCAACCAUAUCAGUGCCGCAUUGUACUUGUACGGAAGAUGGCAAAUCAGAAUGUUCCUACAGCUCUUUCACUUCCUGCAACGAUAAAAAGGGAAAAGAAUACAAAUGUAACAUUGAAAACAAGACAGGAAAAAAACUUGCCAAUGCUUCACUUCCACAUACUUCAAGAAAAAUGGGUGAGGCAAGGAACAUAGAUUAUGUACAAACAGAGGAAUAUGCAAAGAGCCUGUGUAUUCAAUCUUUUCAGGCCUCUCCAGAAUACGAAUUAUGUCAGAAUCGCGUUACAGAUCUAACUAACAUAACCAUGUCAAAUUGCAUCGAAGACAUAAAGAUGACAGGCGAUGAUAAUUUAACACAGAUCCACGUAGAAGCCGCUCUACAACAGUGUACGUCUUUCGUUUUGUUGAAUUCGACGCUACAGGAAUCAGAUCCAGAAAUAACAAACAUCGUACAAAAUCUGUGUCCUAACAAUUGUAGCAACAACGGUGUGUGUAAAGCAGGUAACUGUACGUGCCUUACCGGUUUUGGUGGUAGUGAUUGCUCGUUUGAUUUACUGGAACCUCCUACAAUAACAGACGUACCUAGUGCUGGUCUCUGUGACCUGUCUACCAAAAGUUGUAUGGAGGCAACUAUCAUUGGAAAGUACUUCUUUGAAAAUAUGGACUCACGAUGUUAUCUUGAAAUACACCAGGUAAGCAUAAAUCAAAGCACAAUCAGGACAGAAAAUAAGAGGACUGGCUUGGAAGAAAGAACUUUAUUUGAAGGAUUUUGUCCUCUACAAUACAGUACGGAUGGUGUCUGGACAACAGAAAUAAAGUUCAGUAUUUCAAAUAAUGACGUCCUCUUCACUGAAAAAUUCACAAUACAUGUAUUUCAGUCCUCCUGUCAGGAAUACCACAACGAUUCUGGAAGGGUGUAUUUUACACUUAAGGAUGACCAUUGCUACAUCGAUAGCACGUGUAUGCGACCAAUGGAAAACAAUUCCCGGAAUAUAUGUCAGUACUGCAACGCCUCAAACCAAAAAUAUGAAUGGACUGAAAAGCAGAAUUGUAAAACAAACGAAACUAGUGGCCUAGAAACUACAACUGUGACGGAACAUAUAGAGACGACUGAUAAUGUACAACACGUUACCACAUUGAUACCAAAUACAGAUAACAACCAUGGAUACUCGGCUGCCUAUUUUCUCCAUUUCUCGACCAUGAAGUAUUUUCCAAUUCUAUGGACUGGACUUUUGCCGUUGAUGCAUCGAUUUGUAAUGGAAUACUAACAGUGUGAGUAUACAAUAUGUUCGUAAACAAGAGUUCAAAGGACCUUGCAUUUCUCCUCUUAUAUACUGUACAAUCUAUCAUUUCUAUUUGAUGACUCUAAGAAUUUGUAAACUAGGAUAAAGGAUAAGAUAAAGAGAAGACAAAGGCUUGAAAUUCCAAAAGUCUGUUAGCAUUACCCAAAUUUUGGUUAAAC